ACUUUGACCCUGAGCUCCAGUCCCGGCUGGCGGGCAGAGGACUGAGGACAGGACACCCCAGAAAUCAGGAGCUUCCCCUUAGGAGACAGGACCCUGCACCCACAGCAGCUGCCUCAUUUCUCCAGAAGUUUGGCACACCCGGCUGGCACAAUGCGCGUGGUGGUGAUCGGAGCGGGCGUCAUUGGGCUGUCCACCGCCCUCUGCAUCCACGAGCGCUACCACUCGGUCCUGCAGUCGCUGGACUUGAAGAUCUACGCAGACUGCUUCACCCCGCUCACCAACACCGACGUGGCUGCUGGCCUGUGGCAGCCCUACCUCUCCGACCCCGGCAGCCAGCAGGAGGCGCAUUGGAACCGGCAGACCUUCGACUACCUCCUGAGCCACGUCCAUUCCCCCAACGCUGCAAACAUGGGCCUGGCCCCGAUCUCGGGCUACAACCUCUUCCAUGAAGCUGUUCCGGACCCUUCCUGGAAGGACAUAGUUCUGGGAUUUCGGAAGCUGACCCCCAGGGAGCUGGACAUGUUCCCCGAUUACAGCUAUGGCUGGUUCAACACAAGCCUGACUCUGGAGGGGAGGAGGUAUCUGCAGUGGCUGACUGAAAGGUUAACCGAGCGGGGAGUGAGGUUCUUCCAGCAGAAGGUGGAGUCUUUCGAGGAGGUGGCAAGAGGAGGCGCUGAUGUGAUUAUCAACUGCACCGGCGUGUGGGCCGGGGCGCUGCAGCCGGACCCGCUGCUGCAGCCAGGCCGGGGGCAGAUCAUUAAGGUGGAUGCCCCUUGGAUGAAGCACUUCAUCAUCACCCAUGACCUAGACAGAGGCAUCUACAAGUCCCCGUACAUCAUCCCAGGGAUCCAGGCAGUGACCCUUGGAGGCAUCUUCCAGCUGGGGAACUGGAACGAGGUGAGCAAUAGUGAAGACCACAACACCAUCUGGGAAGGCUGCUGCAGACUGGAGCCCACGCUGAAGGAUGCCAAAAUUGUUGCUGAAUUGACUGGCUUCCGGCCAGUACGCCCCCAGAUUCGGCUAGAGAGAGAACAGCUUUGCUUCGGGUCUUCAGACACAGAGGUCAUCCACAACUAUGGCCAUGGAGGCUACGGGCUCACCAUCCACUGGGGCUGUGCCCUGGAGGCGGCCAAGCUCUUUGGCGAGGUCUUGGAAGAAAGGAAGUUGCUCAGGAUGCCACCAUCUCACCUCUGAUGAUGCCAAUGACCACCGUCCCCCCCACAAGGACUUCCCGCUUUCCUCGGCCAACUAACUAAUCAAUGUGCUUCUCUCUAAGUCAGCGGUUCUC